AUGCGCGGUCGCCUUUGUGUGGGUCGAGCAGCGGCGGCGGCGGCGGCAGUGGCGGUCCCACUGGCAGGCGGGCAAGAGGGGAGUCCGGGCGGCGUCCGGCGUGGGAGCCGGGGGACCACGAUGGUAAAGAAGCGGAAAGGCCGCGUUGUGAUCGACUCAGACACGGAAGACAGCGGCAGCGACGAGAACCUGGAUCAGGAGCUCUUGUCCCUGGCAAAGCGGAAACGAAGUGACUCUGAAGAGAAGGAGCCGCCUGUUAGUCAGCCUGCAGCCUCCUCAGACUCGGAGACGUCUAACAGUGAUGAUGAGUGGACUUUUGGGAGCAAUAAAAAUAAGAAGAAAGGAAAAGCCAGAAAAAUAGAGAAGAAAGGAACCAUGAAGAAACAGGCCAAUAAAACUGCUUCCUCAGGCAGUUCGGACAAAGACAGUUCAGCUGAGAGCUCAGCCCCUGAGGAAGGUGAAGUGUCAGAUUCUGACAGCAACAGCUCCUCCUCCAGUUCAGAUUCAGACUCUUCCUCAGAAGAUGAGGAAUUCCAUGAUGGCUAUGGAGAAGACCUCAUGGGAGAUGAGGAAGACAGGGCCCGUCUGGAACAGAUGACAGAAAAGGAGAGAGAGCAAGAACUGUUCAACCGCAUAGAGAAGAGGGAGGUGUUAAAAAAAAGAUUUGAAAUCAGGAAAAAACUGAAAACAGCCAAAAAGAAAGAAAAGAAAGAAAAAAAGAAAAAGCAAGAAGAGGAGCAGGAAAAGAAGAAACUGACACAGAUUCAAGAAUCUCAGGUAACAUCCCAUAACAAGGAACGACGUUCCAAACGGGAUGAGAAACUAGAUAAGAAAUCUCAAGCCAUGGAGGAGCUAAAAGCAGAGCGAGAAAAACGGAAGAACAGAACAGCUGAGCUCCUCGCCAAGAAACAGCCAUUAAAAACCAGUGAGGUGUACUCUGACGAUGAGGAGGAGGAGGAAGAUGACAAGUCCAGUGAAAAGUCAGACCGCUCAUCCCGAACAUCGUCCUCUGAUGAAGAAGAGGAGAAAGAAGAGAUCCCUCCAAAAUCACAACCGGUCUCCUUACCGGAGGAACUGAAUCGGGUUCGAUUAUCACGGCAUAAGCUGGAACGUUGGUGUCACAUGCCCUUCUUUGCUAAAACUGUCACAGGAUGUUUUGUACGGAUUGGCAUUGGAAACCACAAUAGCAAACCAGUUUACCGGGUUGCUGAAAUCACGGGUGUAGUGGAAACCGCCAAAGUUUACCAGCUUGGUGGCACCAGAACAAACAAAGGGCUACAGCUACGGCACGGCAGUGACCAGCGAGUGUUCCGCCUAGAGUUUGUCUCAAACCAAGAGUUUACUGAAAGCGAAUUCAUGAAGUGGAAAGAAGCGAUGUUCUCUGCUGGCAUGCAGUUGCCCACUCUAGAUGAAAUCAAUAAGAAGGAAUUAUCUAUUAAAGAAGCUCUUAAUUAUAAAUUCAAUGACCAGGACAUUGAAGAGAUUGUAAAAGAGAAAGAAAGAUUCAGGAAAGCUCCACCCAACUAUGCUAUGAAGAAAACGCAGCUCCUAAAGGAAAAGGCCAUGGCCGAGGACCUGGGGGAUCAGGACAAGGCCAAACAAAUCCAAGACCAGCUGAAUGAGCUGGAGGAACGAGCAGAGGCCCUGGACCGCCAGCGGACCAAGAACAUAUCUGCGAUCAGUUACAUCAACCAGCGGAACCGGGAGUGGAACAUUGUGGAGUCUGAGAAGGCCCUUGUGGCUGAAAGUCACAACAUGAAAAACCAACAGAUGGAUCCUUUUACCAGGCGACAGUGUAAACCUACCAUCGUUUCUAAUUCCAGAGACCCGGCUGUUCAAGCUGCCAUAUUGGCCCAGCUGAACGCAAAAUACGGUUCUGGAGUGUUACCAGAUGCUCCAAAGGAAAUGAGCAAGGGUCAGGGAAAGGAUAAAGAUUUGAAUUCUAAGUCAGCCAGUGACCUCUCAGAAGACUUGUUCAAAGUACAUGAUUUCGACGUGAAGAUUGAUUUACAAGUUCCCAGCUCAGAGUCAAAGGCUUUGGCCAUCACCUCCAAGGCUCCGCCAGCCAAGGAUGGAGCUCCAAGGAGAUCUCUGAACUUGGAAGACUACAAAAAACGACGAGGGCUUAUUUGAGCACACCCAGCCUGCUGCUUCUGACCCUGCAUGCCCCAUCACGGUGUCCCACCUUUCCUCUUUUCCUUUGAUUUGCCCUCACUGGGCUGGAGCAGCAGUAGAACUGGGAAGAGACUCUAAACUGCCAGUCAUCUGUAAUAUAAACCAUUUGCUGU